AUGAAGAUCACACCUGUCGCUGAGAACAAUGGCAACAACAAUAGCUACACGAACCGCCCAAAAACUAUUGACAUUCAAGCGGGUUGCUAUGGUUGUUGUCAUCAAGGAUUUAAUCCCACAUUUCCGACUAAAUUAAAAGGCAUUAUUGCUCCGAGUGAAUUCUAUCAAUCUAUAAUGAAUAUAAAUCGAAGUUAUCGUAGUCGGCCAUCAUGGUCGACGCGUUGUUCAAUUGUAUUGUUUAUUAUAUUACUAUCCCUUGCAAUUACAUUCUGGGUCCUGUGUUCCAGAAAGGUUCGUGUGAUAGAAGUUUAUAUUGGAAUACCUGUUGGAUUUGGAAUAAGUUUCCUUGCUUGUGGAGUUUGUAUGUUUUGUUUAACACGUCCAGGAGACAGAGAACACGAAAUUAGAUUACAAGCUGCAGUAAACCAAGAAUCUCAGACAUAUUCAACAAGAUCACCAGCCUGUCAUUGGCGUACGGAUGUAAAAACAGAAACAUAUACAACGACAAAAUUUGAUCAUGAAACCUGGGUCACCACUGAAGAAUCACAUACAGUAACUUCCUACCAUCUGUCAAUGCCGGUGGUUGAAAAUCUGGUUGAACAUUCAAUUUUUUGUUCCACAACAGUCGGUUUAUAUGCCUUGAUAUGCUUACGUAUCGAAGAUUUAUAUCAUGAAAAAGUAGAAAAACGAACUGAACAAUUUAUCCAUACUAUUAUCAAACUCCUCCCGUCUUUUGAUCCGUUGUUUCAACAUUUUUUACUUCAUCAUUUACAUUCAUCUUAUAAAAUAAUCCAUAAUCAGGCAUUUAUUGAAGAACUUCGAUCAGAGCAUGACCUGUCAUCAAAUCAAAUGUACGACAAAUUAUUUCAGUCAACUCUUAGCCUUAAAGAACAAUGUCGUCUAAUUAUAAAAGAUCGUGUUAAAUCAUAUCCACAUGAUGUGAAAAAAUUAACCAUGUUAUCGUCUACAUUACUUAAUUAUUGUACGUACGAUAUUUUCAAUCCAAAUUAUGCACAGAUCAUUAGUGAUAGAGUGGCAAAAUAUAAUGGAAAGGUGAUGCCCAGAGUAAUUCCGUUACCGAGUUCGACGGGGUACCAAGUCCAAGCCGAAUCCGAGUUCUGGUCUGAGUCCGAUACUUAA